AUGGCAGCGACGAGAUUACGGGAAACUUUUCAGUACCCAGCUGAUAACAGCGACGAUGAUGAUACACCGAAAAACCUUGACGAAGAAGAGCAAGAGAAACUCAUCGCGAAGCUGAGAGUCGAGGAUGACGAGCGCAAUGAGGAGUAUAAACGCAUCUUCCUCGCGGUCCCCAGUGUCUCCGCCAUGGCAUACAUCCCCACACUGAUCAUGUCGAGUCUCGUUCAAGCCAAGCUCGUCAGCCUCCUCUGCAUAACCUCCCUCACCGCUACCGCCUAUAUCCUUGCCUUCGUUCCUAUUACUAGGCACAAAUCGCUCAAUCGAGUAAAGUCGAAGAAGCGAUUAGAGCCUAUGUCAGGACCAGUCCAUCAGUAUAUCAGCUACCUCAAUGGUACCCUAAGCUUGCUCUGCGCCUUGAAUUCUAUCAUCUUUAGAGACAAGCAAGGCGUACAUGAUGGGUUCUGGUUGCUUUGUCUGUUACCUGUGGUAUCAUUCGCAUUCAUUAUUCUCGCCAGGCGAUUAAUGCUCUCUGUGGAUGUAGAUGAACUCGAAAUCCUCAAGUACGGAUACAAAGGCGCCUAG